AUGGAUUGUAGCUUUACAAUUGGUGUAUUGGGAGUUGUUAUAGUUGUGCAAAGGAUGGGUGGUGGUGCUAUCUUUUUCCCCUUCAAUGCCUUGUUUGUUAAUGUUGCCUUUCCCCUGUUGUUGCUUGUAAAAUUGCAGCUUUCUCUUGUUUAUCUUAUCCCAGCUAGAGCAGAUCAUCAGUCCUCGUAUUAUUGUGGUCAGAACCAAUUCUGCGGAGAGUUAAACAUCAGUUAUCCCUUCUUCAACGACAACUGGGGAUGUGGAUUAGAACGCCUUCAUUGUUUAAAUGUUUCCACUCCAGUGAUCCAUGCCGGGGCGGAUAAUGAUGUAAGUAAUAUGUUUGAGGUUCAUAAAGUUGACUACACCAACAACACCGUUUUAACUCGUUACAGGAAAUUCACCCAAGAUUUGCUCACCGACAACGACAAAUGCCACUUCCUCUUCAACAAUUUUACAACUAUUCCACCCAUUUUCCAUCAUCUUUUAACUCAAGUCAUAAGCCCCAAUCUUACACUAAGAGUAUGCAUUAAUAAGCUCCAUGAUCAUCAUCAUCAAGAAGGAUUAAUAAAUGAUUGCAAAGUGGAGGCACUGCAGCUGGUGCCAGCUCCUCCACCCGCCACUAUUCUCGAUUAUCAAAAUACCUCUUCUUCUUCUUCUUCUUCUUCUUCUUCUUCCUAUGACUGCAAACUGGUUCAUCUUCCCGUAGAUCCGCUACCUUCCACAUUCCAAUAUGGCCCGAUUGAUCCUAUCUCCCAAUUAUUCAUUGGUGGGUUUCGUCUUCGCUGGAUCCUUCCCCAAAUAUGUCAUCACUGUGAAAAGAAUGGAACCUUCUGUGUCCGCUAUGACGAUGAAACUGUGUUUUGUUCCAAUCCAAAAACAUGGAAUCCAGAUACAGGUAUUCCCGCAGGAGUUGCGGCAGGAAUCCUUUUGACAACCUUUUUAUUCUUCAUAGUCUACAAAUACCGGACGGAUCAAUAUAACCAUGGAUCAGUAUCCCACAGAUUCUCCUUGAAGACAGACCUUGAAAAGGGCAGCUCCCACUAUGGAGUCCCCAUCUUCUCCUGUGCUGAGCUCGAAGAAGCCACCAAUCAUUUCAGUUCUGUUAAUGAACUCGGAGAUGGUGCCUCUGGUACUGUAUACCAUGGUAAACUCCGAGAUGGACGAGUUGUUGCAAUCAAGCGGCUUUACCGUUACAACUCCAAGCAUGUUGAGAGGUUCAUGAAUGAAAUCGAGAUCCUCACUCGUUUGCGCCAUCAAAACCUUGUUACUCUUUAUGGGUGCACUUCAUACCACAGCCACGAACUCCUCCUUGUUUAUGAAUUCAUUCCCAAUGGCACUGUUGCUGAUCAUCUCCAUGGUGAUACAAGGAAGGUUGGAUCACUCCCAUGGCCUGUCCGCAUGAGCAUUGCUCUACAAACUGCAACUGCACUCUCCUACCUCCACACUUCUGAUAUCAUACACCGUGAUGUCAAAACCAGCAAUAUCCUCCUUGACAACCAUUUCCAAGUGAAAGUUGCAGAUUUCGGGCUAUGCCGUAUGUUCCCUAAUGAUGCCUCCCAUGUCUCCACUGCUCCUCAAGGGACUCCCGGUUACGUUGACCCCGAGUAUCACCAAUGCUAUCAGCUUACAGACAAGAGUGAUGUUUAUAGCUUUGGUGUGGUCUUGAUUGAGCUCAUUUCAUCUAAGCCCGCUGUAGAUAUCACUAGACAUCGAGAUGAAAUUAAUUUGGCAAACAUGGCAAUGAACAAGAUCCAAAAUGGAGCUUUGCAAGAAUUGGUUGAUCCAUGCCUUGUGGGGUUUGAAUCGGAUUCCACAAGAAGGAAGAUUGUUACAUUGGUCGCAGAGUUAGCAUUUCGUUGUCUCCAACAUGAGAAGGAAUUGAGACCUUCCAUGGACAAGGUAUUGGAAAUUUUAAUGGGAAUUGGGGGUGAGGACAUUAAUCUACCAAGUUAUAAUGAUGAACAUCUGCCGGCCAAGAAUAUGAAUAUACCAGCACUACCACCAGCUUCACCGGAUUUGGGGACUCAGAAAUUAAUUAGCCCGUUAACUAUGCCAAGUACUAGUGGUUAA